AAUGCCUCUGCGGGGGUGGAGCGCCUCCUGCUGGGGAACAAGUGUGACAUGGAGGCCAAGAGGAAGGUGCCCAAGGAGCAGGCCACCAAGCUGGCCCAAGAGCACGGCAUCCGGUUUUUCGAGACAAGCGCCAAAUCCAGUGUGAACGUGGAUGAGGCCUUCAGUUCCCUGGCCCGGGACAUCUUGCUCAAGUCUGGAGGCCGCAAAUCGGGAAACAGCAGCAAGUCCCCGGGCACAGAGCUGAAACCCAGCGACAAGAAGGGCACCAGCAAGUGCUCCCUGGGCUGACCACCUGGCGGGCCGCCCCCGCCGCCGCACGCCGGGUGGGCCACUGCACGUCGGUGGGCGCGGGGGCUGAGGGCCUACGAGGGCUUGGUGGAGAGGAGGAAAGGAAGAAGGAGAGAGCGAAGGGAGAAAAGCUUCAAAGGGAACGGGAGGCGGGAGCAGGGAGCAGGAAGGUCUGAGGAAGUGAAGGAAGGUGAGGAGUUGGAAGGAGGGAGGCAGAGGUGGCCCGGCCUCAGCCCUUCCGGGGCUACAGGGCACACGCCCAUGUAAAGGUGUCCACUGAGGCUGGGGGCGGGUGAGGGCGCGGGGGCUGGGAGAGGCCGGCUGGGUGCCCACCUGACAGCACGGUCCCUCUGCACAGCCCCCGUCGGCAUUAAAGACCCCCAGUUGGCAUAAA